GAAGCUGGGCGAAGCCGCGCGCUUUCUGCAGCUCAAGUGAGGGAUUUCUCUCUCGGUGGGGCUCCUUGGGGGGGAAAUCCUAGGGGGGAUCACCUGCUCUGCCCCGCAGCCUGGCAGGAGCACUGGCACUGCCCAAGGUGGUGGGGGCUCCGCUCAUGAAACUCACGUUCCAGUGACCCCAUCCCCUCCUCCCCUGGUGGCUGGAACCCUCUGGGUCCCUUUCUUCUCCUACAGCUUCUUCCCUCAUUUUCUUCACAAACCUUUUCCCCUAUCUUCUUUCCAAAUCUUCUUCCUCAUCUUCUCCAUCAUCUCCUCAUCCAUCUCCUUCCCCGAUCUCCUUCCCCUAUCUUCUUCUCUCAUUCUUUUACCCAUUUUUUACCCAUCUUCUUCCAUAUCUUCUCCAUCAUCUCCUUCUCAGUCUCCUUCCUCUCUCUCCUUUCCCCACCUCCUUCCCCCCUUCUCUUCUCCAGCACAGAUGCGCAUCACAUCGGGCUGCAACCACCCCACUUCCGCACUCCCCUGGAGGAGCCUCCUGCCUCAUCUCCUGGCUCUGCUCCUCCUCCGCCCGGGAUCAGCCCAGCUUGGGAUGGUAGCACCCAGACCCCGUGUCACUGCCAUCGUGGGACAGGAUGUCGUGCUGCGCUGCCACUUGUCCCCUUGCAAGGAUGCACGGAGCUCAGACAUCAGAUGGAUCCAGGACCGGACGUUUGAGGUUGUGUACCACUACCAAGAAGGAGUGGACCUGGAGCAGAUGGAGGAAUAUAAAGGGAGGACAGAACUGCUCAGGAACGGUCUCCCUGAUGGAAACCUGGAUUUGCGCAUCACUGCCGUGAGCUCCUCCGAUGGCGGCACGUACAUCUGUGCUGUGCAGGACGGUGCUGACUAUGCAGAAGCUGUGGUGAACCUGGACGUGUCAGAUCCCUUUUCCCCGAUCAUCCAUUCCUGGAAGGUGGCUCUGGCUGUGGUCCUCACACUUCUGCUUGGGUCAUUUGUCAUCAUUGUUUUUCUGCAUAGGAAGGGAGCGGCACAGAGCAGAGAGCUGAGGAGAAAAGAUGAAGAGUUGGCGGAACAAAGUGCAAUAUCAGAGAGAAGGGAUGCGAAGUUGGUGAAAGAAGCUGCAAAACUGGUGGUAGAAAUUGAAGAAUUGGAGAAAGGGAAUUCACAGUUGAAGAAACACUAUGAUAAGAUGGAUUUUAGUGCUGCAGAUCUGAAGAAACAAGUUGCAGAUGUGGAGGAACGAAUCGAAACAAUGGAGAAUGAGAAUUCAGCGCUGAGGAUAUGCUAUGGAACUAUCAAUACUCUUUUUACAAACCUGAAUAGGCUAACUUCAAAACUGGUGCUAGAAACUGAAGAAUUGGAGAAAGGGAAUUCACAGUUGAAGAGACAAUUUGAAAACUUGGGUUUAAGUGCUUCAGAUCUGAAGAAACAAGCUGCAGAACUGGGGGAACAAGCUAAAGAAUCGGAGAAAAAGAAUUCAAAAAUGAAGAGACAAUUUGAAAAGUUGGUGGAACAAACUGAAGCAGUUGAGAAUCAGAAUUCACUGUUGAAGGAACACUGUGAAGAGAUGGAUAAACCAUCUGCAGAAUAGAAAUGAGAGAUGAACUGCGCCUUGCAACAAACACAGGAGUUACGCUUACUGCAGGAGCUGAUUGCACAGGAUACCAACAGCAACACCAUAACGGGAAGUCACCAAGGAAAUCCACAGCGGGAACAAGAGGAGGCAGAAUUUGCACUGAGUGAGAACACCUGCAAUGCACUGCUGGGACACAAAGCUGCCUGAGGGAACACCAAACUGAGGAUGCACGACCUCCAAGUGCAAUCCAGUUGGAAGAAAGAAAUCAUAGAAAGGAAGAAAGGGGGUGGAUACAGAGAUCCUGGAAAAGGGAUGGACAUUUUAGGAAAUAGUAUGACCAUGUGUCAGGCUUUGUGGAAAUCUAAUGAACACGUAACGCUUUUGUAAAUACAAGCAUGCACGCAGAAGCAAAGGUAUAAAACUGCUUUGGGUGUUAUCCCCAUCAUCUCUUGCAGUACAAUAAAGAACACCUGGUGAUGGUAAUGGA